CAAUAUGGGAUGCACUUUGGGAAGUUGGAUAUGGAUCGAAUCGGUUACUUUGAUGACUCAAUUACGGGACCAUUCGACGUGUACGUUUCGGAUUCCGCGAAAAAUGGUUUGCGCGAUGGUCUGGAUAAAGGAACGCAGAUCCGAUGCAAGAAGUCUGGCGACUUUUUUGAAAAGGAUAUAAAGCGGAUCUUCAUCGGGGAAGUAUUGCCUGAACUCUGUAUCCCAAAGAAAAAAAAGAAGAGAAAGUUAAUAAAGUUGGGAAUAAUUAAGCCCACGGGCACGCCAAAGCUACACUCCACCCCCGGUGAUUGGUAUGGUUGCAUUGGUAAGCAGCCGAGCGCGUUUAGUCCUCAGACGAAGACACCGCCCGAACCGAUUGGAAAACCCGAAAAGGCACCGGCAAAUUUCAUGACCAAUCCGAAUCCUGUCGGGGGUCCGGGAUAUCUUAAUAUUUGCCUCAAUCCGUAUAUGCCCAUCUACGAUGAUUACGAGCCUUACGAUCCCGUUUACAAGAAAAAAAAGAAAACAGACAAAAACAUCCGGCCACGUUUAUUCGUAAGCACAUGUUCGCCCAUCGUGUACUUCUGGGACAAUCCAUACACGCCAGUGACAAUGCCAUCAGCAGACAAUCCAAUCAGGACGCGUAAUCGUAAAUCACGAAAAUCAAAAAUUCUAAAGAAGCUUCAUUCAACCCUCUUUAAACUGACGUUCCCUGGAGCUCCCAAGGGUAAAAACUCUGGCUGCUUCCAAAAAUUUCCUACGCAUAUGAGCGAGCCGUAUGAGAAGAUACAGCGACGUACGUGGAAGAUUAAGCCCCAACCUCCGCUCAUGUCCAGUACACCACAAUUCAGAUCCAAGUUUAGCAUUAGCAUUAUUGACCAUGUCACGAACGUGGCAUUGAACGCUAAUAAUUUCACGGUGUAUAAAGAGCAAGUUUAUCCCUUAUACUGAGGUAACUGGAUCAUAAUACA